AUGGCUCUUGCACUUGUCCUUGCAAUUGAUUCACCAGAAGCUGUUAUUAAGCUCCACAUCAGAGACAUGGAAACCAGACGAAAUGAUAGUCCCCAGGGGCAUAUAACUGAAGAGCAAACGGAAGGUGCGUCGGCUAUCUUGACAGAAAAGAAAGCAGAAAAGGAAGAUCAACUUUCGACCCUUCUUUCAAGUGCCCGCGAGCUUCUUGUCAGAGAAAAGCAUUCAAACAAUUAUAAACAAGCUGCAGAAUUACUAGAACAAGCAUUACUAAAGGUUGAGGGGACAUCCAAGGAAAUCAUGAAGGCUGAAGUUUGUGGCGAACUCGCCGAAGUGUUUCUCUCUUUAGAUGAUUACGAGAAGUCUCUUGAUUACGGCCAGAAGUGUCUUUCCCUUUCUAAAACAACUGGUCGUAAAGAUCUCGAAGCAUUGGCCUAUGCCUCUGUUGGCAGUGCCUAUUCCAAGUUAGGAGACUUGCGGAGAGGUCUUGAAUUUCAUACGAAGUCCUUGGAUGCAAAUUCCACAACAGGAGACCAAAAGCAAAAGUGGAAAUGUCUAUACAAUCUGGGUGUCACCUGUGGCGAGCUUGGUGAUAACGAAAGUGCAACUGGAUACUUCAGAGAAAGUCUUACCGUUGCUGAGGACGUCGGAGAUAAGCUGUCGAUUGGUGAGUCCCAUGGUGGACUGGGUGGUGUCUUCUACAGGACUAGACGGUAUCAAGAGGCCAUACUUCACAACGAGAAGCACCUUACCAAGGCCAAGGAAGUCAAGGAUAAGGAGAGUCAGGCAAAAGCUUGUGGAAAUCUCGGCAAUGUUUAUCUUUCCAAAGGAGAUUAUAUCAAGGCUUUUGCACUUUAUCAACAGCAGCUGACACUCUACCAAGACACGGGCAACAAGUUUGGCGAGGGAAAUGCAAAGGGGUCCCUUGGAAAUGUUUAUCACUGUCGUGGGGAAACAAGAAAAGCGAUUGGGUAUUAUGAAGCCCAAUUGUCCAUCGCAAACAUGCUGAAGAAUAAGCCAGCACAGGCAUGUGCUAUUGGAAGAAUUGGAAGAGCGCAGCAUUCUCUGGGAGAAAAUAGGGAAGCACAAAAAAAUCUGGAAAAAUUGCUGCAGCUUUCCAUAGAAAUUGGCGAUAAAACCAACGAGGGUUUUGCCUACGGUUUCCUAGGAAACACCCAUAGAUCUUUAGGCAAUUACGAAGAAGCCAUUAAGAUGCAAAAAAAGUUCCUGGAGAUUUCAAAAUCAACCGGUGACAAGGCUGCAGAAGGGCUGGCCAACGCCUACCUGGGAAGCAUCUACUAUUCCCGAGGAGACUUUGAAAAGGCGCUAGAGCAUCACGGAUUCAAUCUCGCUAUCAACAGGGAAUUAGAGAACAAAGGAGGAGAAGGGAGGUCGGUCGAGAAGGUGGGAAACAUUCAUUUCCAGCUUGGAAAUUACAACAAAGCAAUUGAAUGUUAUCAGCAAAGCCUUGAUAUCGCUCUGGCUAUCAGAGACAAGCCAUUGGAAGGUGCCUCAUACGCCAAUUUGGGAAAUGCCUUUCAAGCCCUCGGAAUGUAUUCACAAGCUGUGAAGAUAUACGAGAAAGCCGUGCCUUACGCCAAAGCCGUUGGGGACAAGCGAAUGGAGGGAGCGAUGCUUGGAAACCUAGGAAGGGCGUACAACUGCAUUGGAAAUCAUCAAAAAGAGCUUGAAUGCCAUUUGCAACAUCUCUCGCUUUGUGAAGAUUUGGAGGAAAGACAGGGAGAAGCGACCGCCCACGGCAAUAUCGGAAUGGUCAACUAUCGCCUUGAAAAUUACAAACAAGCCAUUAAGCAUAAUGAGAAGCAAAUCUCUAUUUCAAGUUCUAUAGGAGAACUAGAUGGUGAAAUGACUGGCUACUUAAAUCUUGGCAAGGUUUAUCGGCAAUUAGAUGAACUGACAAAGGCCAUUGAAUUGCAACAGAAGGCUUUGAGCUUUGCCGAGAAGAUGGGAAGGUUAGACAAGAGAGGUUUCUGCCACUUCGACCUCGGCAUCUCCUAUUCAAGGCUCCAGAAGUUUGAACUUGCUUGCGAUCACUUGGAACAGUGCACUACCAUGUACGCUGAAGUGAGACGACUUCUCUUUGAGAAAGACGAGUACAAGGUUUCUUUAAGUGACGUACAGGCCGGCGCUUACCGUCUCUACACACAGUGUCUCCUUCAACAAGAAAAAGACGAAGAAGCACUACUGGUCACAGAGCGCUCUCGUUCGGCGGCUCUUGCUGACAUGAUGGUGGUAUCGUACGGCCAAAAAGACCCAAGAGGAGUCAAAAGGGAAAACCUCAGUGGAACGAACAUGCGUGAGGUCGUUUCACGUUUAGAAAGUCGCAUCAUAUACUAUGCCCUUUCUGGAAAAGGAACGGAAAAUGUGAUAGUCUGGAGCUUUCAGCCGAAUGGUGAUCCCAAGUUUAUGGGCGAAGCAACCGAGUGGAAGAAUCUGCUUGGCGAAGCAAUUAUUGAAAUUGGCGUUAACGGCAAGGCUGUGGAAUGCGAAGAUCGCUCCUUUCUGUCAAGGGAAGCUCGACGUUUAAACGAGAAUGAACAUAUCGACCAAUUGCAAGAGCUGGAAAACCUGGAGAAAAACCAAGCAGGUUGCCGUCCUUCUAAGCGCAUCACUCCAACAGAUAGACCAAGUGCGCUGGAGAAACUUUAUGAUGUAUUGUUGGGCUGCGCAUUUCACGAUCACACAGCCAAAGAUCUCAUAAUUGUUCCUGACGAGGGACUUCACAGGGUCCCAUUCGCGGCCCUUCGAGACGAAAACAACGAAAGUCUAGCAGAGAAACACAGAAUACGGGUGUUGCCCUCCUUGUCAAUAAUGAAAGCAAUUUUUGAAUGUCCAUCUGAAUAUCAUAAUCAGAAGGGAGCUGUGGUUGUUGGCGAUCCAGACGUUGGCUUGGUGAAACUCAAAGGAAUACAAGAACCAGAGCCAGUAACAAGACUAGAACAAGCCAACAAAGAGGCUCGAGAAAUAGCCAAGAUGGUUGGAGUUCAGCCUCUUAUCGGACAGGAAGCGACAAAAGCUCGUUUUCUAGAAGAGCUAGACAAAGCAGCCUUAGUCCACAUUGCAGCCCACGGAAAUCCCCAAACAGGCGAAAUUGCUUUCGCUCCUCCUCCUGAAAAACGUAAACCAAUACUUGACGAAGAAGAUGUUGUGCUUACAAUGGCCGAGGUACAGAAUGCCAAAGUGCGAGCCAAACUUGUUGUUCUCAGCUGCUGUCACAGUGCAAGAGGCCACAUUCGAGCUGAGGGUGUUAUUGGCAUCGCUCGCGCAUUUCUUGGUGCAGGUGCCAGGUCCGUCCUUGCUUCUCUGUGGGCCAUCGAUGACGAAGCCACCAUCGAGUUCAUGCGCAGCUUCUACCAACAUUUGAAGCUCGGGAAAAAAACAAGUGAGGCUCUCUAUCAGGCUACAGCUACUUUGAGACACUCAGAGAAAUUCGGAGAUCCCCUUUAUUGGGCCCCAUUUGUCCUCAUUGGAGAUGACGUCAUCUUUGAUAGCUUGGAAGAGAUUGGUCAAGAGAAAAUGCAAGGUGUGUGAAAUAUCCCACUGGUAUUCUACGUGUAUGACCUUAAUGCCCUGGGGGGAGGGGCGGGGGGCUACUCCCAGAAAAGUUGGGUGUGGGCAUGCGGUCCACUUGCCAAACCCCUCACCCUAUUUAUGACCAAAAUCUGCGAUUUUCACUACCUUAUU